AUGCCACAGGAAAGUGUGAGUGUGGAUUCUGGCUACACUGCAGCAGUGAUGGCAACCAGGCACAUUAUAAACAAUACCAACCGACGGUAUUCAGAGAUGCCCAGCAAUGCUAGCCAGUUGGAUCAGGUGAUGUGUGGUCCUUACAACAGAAGAGGUUUUCUGUGUGGGGAGUGUAAGGAAGGCUACGGUGCUGGUGCUUUUGGUCUGAAAUGCGCUAAUUGUUCAAGUCCCUGGUCAGGAUAUGCUAUUUAUCUUUAUCUAUUACUUGAGUUUGUUACAACAACGUUAAUAUUUAUCUGGAUUGGCAAUGUUUCGUCU